AUGGACGCUUAUCUGGAGCACUUCGUCACUCAUGUCGGUGGUUGUGGAACCUUCCAGUGGCUCCUGGGAGCCGUCAUAUACCUCAUCAAUAUGGCUUCCAUGUUUAGAUCCCAAACGUUCGGAAAUUCUACCACAGAGCUAGCGUACACCACUACAACAUACACGUCAUCUUACUUCUGGAACAACACCACUGUCUCUGCCGAGGUCACACGCCAUGCAGACGAUGACAGGGACGUUUGUGACGUGGCAAAGUCCUGCCAGAACAUCACAUUCAACCCGGAGGCAUCAACGCUCAUCUCUGAGUGGGGUCUCAUCUGUGACAAGUCCUGGUACGUUUCUGUUGUCAUUUCCGUGCAGAUGGCCGGCCUGGCUUUAGGAGCUUUCUCCGGCGGUUAUCUCAGCAAUAGGUUCGGCAGGAAGGCUGUGCUCUAUUCUUUGGUCGCUUUGUGCGGUGUCACGAAUUUCAUUUCCGUGUUCUCAACGUCCAUAGUCAUGUUCGGAGCCAUUCGAUUCUUCAUCGGUCUCAGCGUUGGUGGAAUGUUGUGUAUCUGUCAGGUGUACCCCAUGGAGUUUGUCACGGCCAAGUGGCGGCCGUUUAUUGCCGGCUUUCCUGCUUCCUCUACAGCGAACAUCGCCCUCGGCGUUCUCAUGUUACUCACCAAGGACUGGAGAUAUAUUCAUCUGGCCACGGCACUCGUUUCUGCUCUGGGGUUUUUGACCAUUUUCUGGAUGCCGGAAAGCAUGAGGUGGCUGGCAGUUCAGAACAAAAUCGCCCAAGCAUAUGCAGUGGGUCGUAAGAUUUGUAAAUACAACAGAAGACCUCCACCAGAAGAACCAAUGGAGUUCCUAGCAGAAACAGAAGUGGUAAAACGGACAGAUGGACCAGGAAUCAGAGAACUAUUUGGACGGCGAUUCUUUAUGAAAACUGUUUUUGGGUUCACCAUAUUUUUUACUUUAUCUUUGGUUUACUAUUCCAUCGGUUUUGGAGUUAAGGUUUUAUUUGGGAACUUCUAUGUCAAUUUCAUCUUAUUUGCAGUUUUCACAAUCCCACCCUUUCCUUUCGUUCCAAUAAUUGGGAACAGAUUCGGCAGACGCAAAUCGACAGCUUCCUAUUUUUGCGCGGCGUGUGUUAUUUCGACUGUUUUAUUCCUUCUUCACUUUACUGUGGGGUUGGAGACCUUGGGCAUGGGUGUGACCAUAACUUCACUGGCUAUCGUGACCACGAUGGAACUCGCCUGGAGCACCAUGAUCGCCUUCACCUCUGAGCUCUUCCCGACCUAUAUCCGCGCCCUGGGUUCAGGAGUGGUGUUCACUGGUGCGCGUGCCGGCGGCAUCGUGUCUCCCUAUCUGAUCCCGGACAACCCUGAGUCUCUGUACGUGGCCUACAUAGUGAUCGCCGCCUGUACCGCUGUCUGCUCCGCGCUGACCCUUGGGCUUCCUGAGACGAGACACAGGCAACUUGGCGACACGCCGGACGGGGAACUGACCGGUCCAGUGGACACAGACGGACAGACGGAAAAACUGACCGUUGUACUGGACAAUGAUGGACGGAAAAACUGACCGAUCUACAGGGCACAGACGGACAGACGGAAAAACUGACCGUUCUACUGGACAUAGACAGACGGAAAAACUGACAUUUCUUCUGGACAUAGACGGACGAAAAAACUGACCCUUCUAUUGGACACAUACAGACAGACGGAAAAACUGACCGUUCUACUGGACACAGACAGACAGACGGAAAAACUGAUCGUUGUACUGGACAAUGAUGGACGAAAGAACUGACCAUUCUCCUGGACACAGAUGGAAGGACGGAAAAGCUGUCCGGUCAACUGGACGCAGACGGACGGAAAAAUUGACCGUUGUACUGGACACAGACGGACGGACGGAAAAGCAUACUGUUCUAUUGGACCCAAACGGACAGAAAAACUGACCGUUCUACUGGACACAGACGACCUGACGACACGGUGAACGAAAAAACUGACCAUUCGGCUGGGCACACAUAAUAAUUUAACAUCAAAAUUAGACAAAAAAGACGUCGGGCAGUCAGUGUCACUGGUAAUUCCCCUUUCUUCACUCAGGUCUGAGAGCAAGAACAAUUUAGGAAGGACAGCCAAAACUGAGACUCGAUACAGAUAAUGUGUAAAGCGCCCACUCUCGCACAACACGAGGUACUUAUAUUUAUUGUUUACUGAAUGAUUGAUAUAUUAAUUUAUAUAGCAAGGCAUCGUGGUGAAAUCAGGCGCUUGUCAAAAUAACAAAAUUGGAGAUACAACCAUUUUCCUACCAGUUUCGCAAUUUUAAUCAUUUUAAAAAAUUGUUUGUUCAACCACUUUAUG